AGGAGAGCAAUGACGGUUGGACCAGACGAUCUCUAAGGUCCCUGCCAGCCCUCGGAGUCUAAGUGGGGAGGUAUUUAUUUGUUGAGCUGCUACGCGCCAUGCUGCUUCUCAAAGGGCUGCAGAGGGAGCCUCCGACAGGGUCCCUGCCCCUUCUAGGCCAGGUUGACAGCUGGUCCUCCCCGAGGAGACAGGGCCAUCGGGAGACUCCUCGGGGUCAGGUCGGCCUCAGGAAGGAGGGGAGGCGAGCCCCUCGGCCGCACCCCGCCUCCUACCCCCGUGCGCCCGCCCCCCACUCGGCUGUGGGAGCUCCUGGCCAGCGACGAUGCGAGGUGCCCCAAGCUCCAUCCCCACAAGUCCGCCGCCGCCGCCGCCGCCGCCCGGCUCAUCCCCAGCCAGCGCAGUCCCUGGAGCAGUGCCCUGGAGCGCAGCCGGUUGUGCAAUCCCUAGUUAUCUUAGGGGCAAGCUCCACCCUAGGGCUUUCCUUUCCGAGCCCGAGUCAGAGUGACUCACCGUUCUGCACCAGAGGAAACCGGAGCAGCCGGGGGGCCGGAGCCGGAGCCGGAGCCGGAGCCGGAGCCGGAGCCGGAGCCCAGACCUCGCCUGCCCGGCUCCGAUGGCGUCUGCGGGAUGGAACAGAAGGAGCCCAGGAGAAUGGACAGGCAAUUGUGGCUGACUUCCUUACAGAGGAAAGGAGCAGGCUUCAGGAAACGAUGUUACUCCUGGGACUGGAGACAUACUGCAACAGGAAACUCAGCCUCCAGGAUGCCCGGCAGAUCAGUUUUGACAGUAUGAAGAACUGGGCACCCCAGGUGCCCAGUGAUUUGCCUUGGAGCUUCCUGAGAAAGCUGUUGGCUCUCAACUCAGAAGUCAGAAACACCACCCUGCUAUCGGACUUGCCCCAGGAUGACAGGACAGGUGAGAAGGAAAUGCAGAUGGAUGAGCAAGAAAUAUACUGGGGUACCUCCGAGGACAUUUAUUCUCUCACUGAACUGGUGACGACCCCCGAUGUGCCGCUGAAUCCCCUGGACCUACUCUGUGCACUUCUCCUUUGCUCGGACAAUUUUCUACAGCAGGAGUUGCUGGUCAAGAUGUCUCUUUGCCAGUUUGCCCUCCCUGUAGUCCUGCCGGACUCAGAGAGCCAAAACCACACCUUCCUGCUGUGGGCCCUGAGGGGGGUGAUGAGGACGUGGUGGUGGCAAUCCCCAGGGGGGCCCAGGACUCUGAGAGAGGAGAGUUUGGUGCUCACGAGGGUACCAAUCAUCUCCUUUGCACGCAUGGACAUCAGCAGCCACUCCAAGUCUCACCUCCUCAAUGCUGUCAUGAGCCCCUGUCACCACCAGCCUCAUGACUACUUCUGCCACCGGGAGAUGCCAUCAGCGGCGAAUGCGCGAGAGAUCGCCGACGGCUUGGUCGAGAUGUCCUGGUACUCUCCAGGAGGCAGCAGCAAAGAGAACACGGACGUUUUCCCAGAACCCGUUGCCUUUGCCAAUCUGAGGGGUGAGAUUGGAAGUCACUGGCAGCAGUUUAAGCUUCUGACCGAGAUGUCAUCAGCUGUUUUCAUAUUAACUGACAACAUUGGCCAAAAGGAGUAUGAGCUCUUGUGCUCUCUGAGCGGGUCGACCACUCGAUAUUACCUCAUCCUUAGCCCCUACCGGGGCAAACGCAAUGCCAACCUGAGGUUCCUGAAUAAACUGGUCUCUGUCCUUCAAAUGGACUACUCUCACGUCCUGGUGAAGGUCAGCAGCACGGACAGCAAACGCCUCGUCAAGAGGCUCCAGGCCAUUGUAGUGAAUGUCAUCAAAUCAGCAAGUAGGAAGGUGUCCCUGGAGGACAUGGCAGAAACGGCUCGGACCCUGGGGCUAAAGGUGGAUGAGGACUGUGAAGAGUGUCAAAAGGCAAGAGAGCGGGUGGAGAAAAUCACCCAAGACAUCAAGGACGUGGAGCUGUAUAAAAGGGAGAAGCUCUGGUUACAGGGGGACCCUUGGAGAAACAUCGCUCAGGUAGAGAAGGAGCUCUGCCGGCUGCAGAGGGCUGGGGACUCUUCUCCAGAGAAAUACAAGUCAGAGCUCAGGCAGCGACUGCUGACCCUAAGGAUGCACCAGAAUCGGUAUGAGCCAGGCUGCGGCAUGCAGGAGUUUAUCAAGGGAAUCGCCAACCCUUCCCUCGUAGAGAAGCAGUUCUUCCUGGGAUGGAUGAAACUGAAGCUGGAGGAGAUGGCCAGGCAGAGCCGGCGGCAGCCCCCAGAGGCCUUUGCUACCCUGGGACCAAAGCACAGCCAGCCCGCUGAGCUCAGUGAGCAGCUCUGGCCAGCUUCCUUGGGGGUGGAGCACUUUUUAAGGGAGAUGGGGCAGUUUUAUGAGGCCGAAUGCUACCUCGUGGAGGCGGGGAAGAUGGCGGAAAGCCAAAAGCGGUUUACACACUUUGUUGGCCUGGCCUCAGAGCUGGUCCUGAGUGGCUUUCCGCUGGAACUGAUGGAUCGAGGGACUUGCUGUGUUCCCUUGCGAUGGGUGACAGGCAUCCUGAGGGAACUUCAUGCCCGGCUGGAGGGCAGACCCCGACUGCUGGUGCUCUCAGUGCUGGGAGCAGAGGGCACAGGGAAAUCGACUCUACUCAACACCAUGUUUGGGCUCCAGUUUGCCACCAGCAGGAGCUACAAACCCCAUGGCACUUUCAUGCAGCUCAUUUCGGUGACAGAGGAUUUUCGCCAGGACCUGGGCUGCGACUUCAUUCUGGUGAUCGACUCUGGGGGCUUGACGGGUGGGGCCACGGCUGCCAGGGGGGAGAGGUAUGAGCUAGAGGUGUCCCUGGCCACUCUUGCUAUGGGGCUCAGCAAUAUCACUGUGGUCAGCAUGGCCGAAGCCAAGGACACCCCUCUGGCUGCCCUCCAUGCCUUUCUGAAGCUUGAAAAGUUGGGGCAUGUUCCCAACUGUCAACUUGUGUCUCAGGACCUCAGUGAUGGGCCAGUCCCCAGACCCAACCUGAGAGACAGGAAACAGCUGCUAGAACAGCUGAAUGAUCUGAGCAAGGCUGUCGCUGAGAUGGAAAAGCAGGAGAAGGAGCGGACCCUUUCUAAGAUGGUCCUGUGCGACCCUGAGAAGCACAUUUGGCACAUCCCUCGCUUAUGGCACGGAGUGCCCCCCAUGGCGCCGGUGAGCUUGGGCUACUGCGAAGCCGUCUUUGAGUUGAAGAGAUGCCUUCUAGAGAACAUCAGAAAUGGAGUGUGUCAUCAACACAGAGACAUCGUACACCUGGUAGAGCUGGUGGGGCGGCUGUGAAGGCAGAGACCCCUGGAAAUGAGAGCUGUUGACCAAGCUGCUGGGAGGGACCUCUCCUCAUGGGGAAUGACGAAUGAAGCUUGUGGUCCUGGAGAGACUUCCUGGAGAAAGAGCAGCUGGCGUCUGAGCCUGCUAGAGGAGAGAAAGACGCGGGAAAGAACAGAUCAGAAGGUUGGCAUCCUCCUAGGACCAGAGAACAAAGCACCCACCAAACCAGCUACUGCACUGACAAGCACAGAGAAAGAGAGAGAGCAUUUUUAUCAGGAAUACAGAAAGCCUCCAACGUCGCUGAUCUGAGGGCCCUGAAAGCCUAGGAAGGAAACACUCAAGCAGCUAUUUUCUUCUCUGGCUUAGUACCAUUCAAGGCUGCUCCCAGGUUGGCAGGCACUUCAUAAGGGCUAGCCCCCUUCCAUUCUGUCUCCUAGUGGAAUGGCAUGGUCCUCACCCAGGACAGCCCUGCCUGUCCUAGAUGACUGUAAAUGCCCAGGGCAGGGGGUGGGGAGGGUAGAGGGAACUGUGCAGAGAUAGCCCAAUGUCCCCUCUCCUCAGGGGAGGGUCAUUCUCUUGUCUGACCAAGGGGUUCAGCAUGAAUGAUGUCCCUGGCUAGAAUGAACAGGACUGACAUUUUCUGCCAAGGGCCCAAGGGGUACAAAGCACUUUAUUUAUUGACUUCUCUGCUAAUAACGAGUGAUAACAGGCAGGUUCUUCUUGUUUGUGCCUUAAUUUUCCUAUCUCCUAACUGAGAAUCCGAAUGCCCACCUGAUGUGUUAGGAGGAUGAAUGAGAGUGUGUCUGUAAACUUGGAAUACCUCAGAAAGUCACCAUAAAAGUGUCACACCUCA